AUGGCCUCUGUGGAUUCCUCAGAAGUUGAAAGAAAGUUUUCUUACCAAGAUAAUGAGAGAGUGUUGUGUUUUCAUGGACCUCUCAUCUAUGAAGCCAAGGUGUUGGAGAAAAAUUGGAUGGAGGAACCCGAAGCAAGUGGUCCUCAUUACUACGUUCAUUAUAAAGGCUGGAAGAAAUCCUGGGAUGAAUGGGUACCAGAAUCAAGAGUGCUUCGCUGGUCAGAAGAGAAUUUACAAAUGCAGCUACGACUCAAGACAUUCUAUCGUACAAAUCAAUCAGGAAAGAGUAGGAAACAAAGCGAGAGCGAAGGCAGCAAUCUGGGCAAACGUCGCAGAGACGCCAAGUUGGAGAAGGAGGAGGAUUAUUUGAAUCGACCAGAGAUCAAGCUCGAUAUACCAGACACAUUGAAGGGACAGCUCGUCGAUGAUUGGGAAAAUGUAACAAAGAAUCAACAGCUGGUUACUUUGCCAAGAACCGUCAAUGUCAAUGAAGUAUUGUCACGUUACAAACGAUUCAAGAAGGAGAAGAAGGGCAACCGUGAAUUAAAUGAAGACUUAUUGGACGAGGUUUUGGAGGGUUUGCGUAUCUAUUUUAACAAAGCGUUAGGGUCGAUGCUUCUCUAUCGUUUUGAAAGACAUCAGUACGCUGACAUGAGAAGGCAGUUUGGCGAGACAGACCUCGUUGAGAUAUACGGUGCAGAACAUCUUUUAAGGUUAUUUGUUCAAAUGCCUAGCUUGAUUGCACACACAAACAUGGAUUCUGAUGCUGUCAGUGUAUUAUCCGACUACCUAACAGACAUCUUACGCUUUAUGCAAAAGAACCAAAAACAACUAUUUCAAGCAGAAUAUGAAAAUGCUGCUCCUGGCUAUGUUGCAUUAUCUGCUACCACUUAA